CUCUCUCUCCAUCAGUUCGUCUCCGGCUAUAUAUACCCCUCUCUUGGUUCUCGCUAACCGAUCGAAGCAACCAGGCACGCACAACCGCAGGCGGCAGGCUCAGCUCAGAUACAGAAGUCAAGCUUUUUUAUCUGCCACAGCCGCGGCGCCGGGCGUACGGAUCGGAGAUGGCGGACUGCAUGCAGGAGUGGCCGGAGCCCGCGGUGCGCGUGCAGGCGCUCGCCGAGAGCGGCCUCUCCGCCAUCCCGCGCUGCUACGUCAAGCCGCCGUGCGACCGCCCCGUGCCGCCGCCGCCGCUGGACAAGGAGCUCUCGGACGACGUCAGCAUUCCGGUGGUCGACCUCGGCGAGCUGCUGGCGGACGGCGCCGCCGCCGGCCUCGGCAGCGCCGCCGCCGUCACCGAGGCCGUCGCGGCCGCCUGCCGGGAGUGGGGGUUCUUCCAGGUCGUCAACCACGGGGUGCGCCCCGAGCUGAUGCGCGCGGCGCGGGAGGCCUGGCGCGGCUUCUUCCGCCGCCCGCUCGCCGAGAAGCAGCGCUACGCCAACUCGCCGCGCACGUACGAGGGCUACGGCAGCCGGCUCGGCGUGCAGAAGGGCGCCGUCCUGGACUGGGGCGACUACUUCUUCCUCCACCUCGCGCCGGAGGCGGCCAAGAGCCCGGCAAAGUUCUGGCCGGCCAACCCCGGCAACUGCAAGGAGGUGUCGGAGGAGUACGGUCGGCCGGUGGUGCGGCUGUGCGAGCUGCUGAUGCGGGUGCUGUCCGUGAGCCUGGGGCUGGACGAGGGGCACCUCCAGCGGGCGUUCGGCGGGGCCGGGUGCGGCGCGACCCUGCGCGCCAACUACUACCCGCGGUGCCCGCAGCCGGACCUGACGCUGGGGCUCUCGGCGCACUCGGACCCGGGCGCCCUCACCGUGCUCCUCGCCGACGAGCACGUCCGCGGCCUGCAGGUCCGCCGCGGCGCCGGGGAGUGGGUCACCGUGCAGCCCGUCCGCGACGCCUUCAUCGUCAACGUCGGCGACCAAGUCCAGAUAUUGAGCAACUCCCUGUACAAGAGCGUGGAGCACCGGGUGAUCGUGAACGCCAAGGAGGAGCGCAUCUCCCUCGCGCUCUUCUACAACCCCAAAGGCGACGUCCCCAUCUCCCCGGCGCCGGAGCUGACCGUGGCCGCGGGCGGCGGGCCGGCGGAGCUCUACCCGCCGAUGACCUUCGACGAGUACAGACUCUACAUCAGGAAGAAGGGCGCCAAGGGCAAGGCGCAGAUCGAGGCGCUCAAGGGCCAGGUAUUGCCAGAAGAUUAGCUAGGUCGACGACGACUACCAGCUUACUAGCUACUGUAUGGUAGCUGCCUGCCUGCUCCGGUCCAGUUAAUAAUCAACGGCGUGUAGUGCAUGUAUGUAUCCUAAUGGCUGGCUGUCAGCUAGCUAGCUUAUCUCCCCGCGUGUAUAAUCUGAUUGUAAUAACGCAUGUGUAAGACCGAUCGAUCGACCUACUACCACGCUUGCUAUGAUCGUAUGCUUGCUGGUUUGCUGCAUCAGUAGCUGUGUACAAAGUCGAUGAGCAUGGCUGCUCACUGUUGUACCGUAGUACUGUAAGCCGAAUCAUAUAUCUUUAAGCAAUAUAUAGUCGUCGCAUAUAUCA